ACCUUUAUGCGUCGUUCUCGUCCCUCUUUUUUUUUUUUGAACACCGGCAUUGAUCUCUUGUCUCUUCCAUUGAUAUUUUUUAACAAAAUCUCAACGAAAAUUUACUCUUAAUUUGUUCCACAAAACAUGCACCCACGUUCUCUUGAUUUCUACAACAAGAAAAAGUCCCACCGAACCCUUCAUUUACCCAUCUCCCCAAACUCCAUAGAAUCAGGAAAAACAUAAUUUCCCUUUUGAUUUUCCGGUGAACUUCAAUUCUAUUUGGAAGUGGAGAAAGCAGAGGUUUCUUAUCUGUUUUUUCUUCUACAUUUUCAUUGGUAAACAAAGGAGAUGGUUCUUGCUUUGCACGGAGGGCACAUGAAGAAGAAAAUGUUUGAUAUUCCAGGGAGAAAUUUUUUGAGUGCGAUCCUAAGGAAUGAUGGGGAUGAUAGUCCAUUGGAGACCCAACAACAGAUAGGAUCUGCAACAUUUACUAGGGAAAAGUCUCUGGUCUCUAAGAUGCCAGAGACUACUGUGGAGGCUAGGCCAGAAACUCCCAAGGAGAGGCAGCCAUCUUCAGGUGAAGUUCAUAUGGGUGUGUAUAUGGACAUGAUGAAGGAAAAGUUUGCUAAACUGCUUUUGGGUGAAGAUAUGUCAGGAGGAGGAAAGGGAGUUUCUUCUGCUUUGGCUUUGUCAAACGCCAUCACAAACCUUGCUGCAUCAAUCUUUGGAGAAAUACACAAACUAGAACCAAUGGCUCCGGAUAGGAGAGUACGGUGGAAAAAGGAAGUUGAUUGGCUUUUAUCUGUAACUGAUCACAUUGUUGAGUUUGUUCCUUCACGACAGACAUCUAAGGAUGGCACAAACAUGGAAAUUAUGGUGACGAGACAAAGAAAGGAUUUGCUUAUGAACAUACCUGCCUUGAGAAAACUAGAUGCCAUGCUAAUUGAAAUCCUUGACGAUUUUGGAAAUGAGAAUAAGGAAUUCUGGUAUGUGAAGAGAAAUGCCAAUGAUUCAGAGAACGAGAGUAGCCACGGAAGGCAAGAUGAUAAAUGGUGGCAUCCCGUUGUUAACGUUCCUUCAAAUGGCUUGUCAGAGUCGUGCAGGAGAUGGUUGCAGUCUCAAAAGGACUCUGUCAACCAAGUGCUAAAGGCAGCCAUGGCCAUCAAUGCUCAAGUCCUUUCUGAAAUGGAGAUCCCCGAGAACUACAUUGACUCCCUCCCUAGGAAUGGGAGAGCAAGCCUUGGGGAAUCAAUCUACAAGAACAUCACAGUGGAAUACUUCGACCCUGAGCAGUUCCUCUCAACCAUGGACCUCUCUACAGAACACAAAGUGAUUGACCUAAAAGACAGGAUUGAGGCCUCCAUUGUAAUUUGGAAGAGGAAGAUGCACCAAAAGGAUAGCAGGUCCACUUGGAGUUCAGGUGUAAGCUUGGAGAAGAGGGAGCUCUUUGAAGAGAGGGCAGAAACUAUCUUACUUAUAAUCAAACAGCGAUUUCCUGGAAUCCCACAAUCUCAAUUAGACAUAUCUAAGAUCCAAUAUAACAGGGAUGUGGGACAGUCUGUUCUAGAGAGCUACUCAAGAAUACUAGAGACAUUAGCAUACACAGUUCUGUCUAGGAUUGAAGAUGUCCUUUACGCCAAUGCUGUAGUUCAAAAAUCAUCAUCCCCAACAGAAUCCGAAGAAGAGGUGGAGAAGUCAGGAUCACCAACUUCAAUGACACUCUCAGAUUUCAUGGGUUGGAAUUUGGAUGCAGCCAACUUUCCAAAAGAUCAGGAAUCCAAAAACAAAACUGAAAAUGAAAAGAUGAUGGCCAAAGCCCCCGCUUCCCCAAAGAAAGCUACAUAUCUGGAGAGGAUUGAAAACAACUCAAGUGGAAAGAGAAGUCCAACCGCUCGCCAUUGAUGCCGAGAACCUGUAGAGGAAGAGUAGAAGAAGAGAGAAAAUUAGUGAGAUGACAAAGAAAAGUAGAGACAAAUAAAAUAGUUAGAAAAGC